AUGCUGUGGCUGCUGCUGCUGCAGGUGUUGGCCAGCUGCCUCUGGCUGGGACAUGGCGAGGUGGUGACAUCCUUCACAAGUUGUCCUCAGUUCUUCUACAGGAAUACUGCUCCAGGUAAUGCCCUGGAGCUACAGAACCCAGCCUGGAUCUGCCAGCGCUACAAAAACCAGUAUCAUUUUGCCACCCUGUAUGACAGAGAUUUGCACAUUCCUGUCUACUCUGCUUACAUCUACCAGCCUGGACCUGGAAACAGAUCUAAAUCGUGGUUUGUUGAGCCCCAGCUGAUCAACCCAACUUAUCACAAGGAUAUGGAUACAGAGAAGUCCAUUGAAAAUCAGUACAAGAUCACUCCACAGCAAAUUGGCCAGAGUCAGGGUAUCAACCAAGACUACAACAAGCUCCAGGGUUUGGACCGUGGUCACUUGAGCCCCAGUGGCCACCAAAGAGGCAACAACAGCAAGUGGGCUACCUUCACCCUCACCAACAUAGUGCCCCAGAACAGCACACUCAACAAGGGCCAGUGGAAAGACUAUGAGAACCAAACGAUGGCUCAGAACACCCAGGGCUGUACAAUCACCUACGUGGUCACGGGUGCUGUGCCUGGGAACACCUACCUCUCCAAUAAGAGGGUUAAUGUGCCCAGCCACAUCUGGUCAGCUGCCUGCUGCCAGACCAACACCAUCAUGAACCCUUGGGCGGUCAUUGCUGAAAACAACAAGAACCAGGUCCUGAACCUCACACUGGCACAACUGGAGACACGCUUGUCCCAGCUCUAUGGUAGGGGACAGGUUUCUCUGUUUGACAGUGACUGUCCCCGCUAA